UAUAAUUUGGAUUUAUUCAAUCACAUAAUUGAGAUUGAAACAAGCAUUCGCUUGCAUUGGUUGCAACCUGUAAAAUAUGAGGUAAUACAAUUUCAAUUGUCUUUAAUUAAAAAAAUCCAGAAUCUUGAAAAGAUAACCUCCAAUAUUCUAUGAGAUUCUCAUAGUAUAAAUACCACUCACACAACUCUACUCAUUUUUCACAACUCAACCCAAAAACAAUAGAGAAAAAAAAAACAUUCAUCAAUGAAGAUAUUCUCAACUUUCUUUUCUCUCUUCUUUUUCCUCUUACCAAUUCUAGCUUCCUCCUCUGAUAAACAGGUUUAUAUAGUAUACUUUGGAGAGCAUAAAGGAGAUAAAGAAUCGCAUGAAAUUGAAGAAAUUCAUCACUCUUACUUGUCCUCUGUCAAGGAAACAGAGGAAGAGGCCAGGGCAUCUAUGCUUUAUAGUUAUAAGCAUAGUAUUAAUGGCUUUGCUGCAACUCUUACCCCUGCUCAAGCCUCCUAUUUAUCGAAAUUGGACGAGGUGGUGUCAGUGUUUGAAAGUCAUCCAAUGAAGCACAAAAUGCACACAACAAGGUCAUGGCAAUUCGUAGGUUUGGAGGAAGGAAUUAAUACACAGUUGCACUCUCAGUCGGAAAACAGUGAAGGUUUGCUAUCAAGAGCCAAGUAUGGACACAAUGUCAUCGUUGGCGUCUUAGAUAGUGGAUUUUGGCCAGAAUCAAAGAGCUAUAGUGACGAUGGAAUGGGACCAAUCCCUAAAUCAUGGAAAGGUAUCUGCCAAACUGGUGAUGCUUUCAACUCCUCUCAUUGUAAUAGGAAAGUGAUAGGGGCUCGAUACUACAUAAAGGCCUACGAGAGCGUCUAUGGUCCAUUAGACCGAAAGCUAGACUACCUCUCACCCCGCGACAAAGAUGGGCAUGGAACACACACUAGCUCCACCGUAGGAGGCCGAACAGUCCCUGAUGCCGCCUUCAUGGGCGCAUUAGCGGAGGGCACAGCCUCCGGGGGUGCACCACUAGUCCAACUAGCAAUAUACAAGGUAUGCUGGGCAAUACCAGCGCAUGACAAGGUUGAUGGAAACACAUGCUUUGAUGCAGACAUGUUGGCUGCUAUGGAUGAUGCUAUCAAUGACGGCGUACAUGUCAUGAGCAUUUCGAUUGGGACACCGAAGCCAGUGGGGUAUUCGCAGGAUGGCAUUGCUAUUGGAGCUUUGCACGCGGUUAAGAAGGGUAUUGUAGUGUCUUGUAGUGCUGGGAAUUCAGGACCUCAGGCAGGGACAUUGUCCAACACUGCGCCGUGGGUUAUUACUGUUGGGGCUAGCAGUUUGGAUAGGGAGUUUAGUGCUCCUGUUGUACUUGGUAAUGGAAUGGUCAUUCAGGGUCAGACAACUACCACUUUUCGAUUGGACAAUGUUACAUAUCCACUAGUUUAUGCAGGAGAUAUUAGUUUACCCAAUGUCACCCAAGAAUUAGCUGGGCAAUGCCUUCCUAAUAGUCUAUCAUCUGAAAAAGCAGACGGUAAUAUAGUGUUUUGCUUAAGAGGAAAUGGAACAAGGGUUGGUAAAGGGAUGGAGGUUAUGAGGGCAGGCGGCAUUGGCUACAUCUUAGGCAAUGCUAAAGGCCAAGGAGAAGAGGUUGUGGCCGAUCCCCAUGUUCUUCCUGCAACUGCUGUGGGUGAGUAUGAAGCCAUGGAAAUCCUCAACUACAUCAAAUCUACAAGAUAUCCGGCUGCCAAGAUCCUGCCAGCAACGACAGUGGUAGGCACAUCACCAGCACCUUUCAUGGCCUCUUUCACUAGUAGGGGACCUAAUGUCGUCGAUCCAACUAUUCUCAAGCCUGAUAUUACCGCCCCUGGAUUAAACAUAUUGGCAGCAUGGAGUGAAGAAGAUUCACCAACUAAGUUGGCUGCAGAUGACAGGAGAGUACAGUGGAAUAUUUACUCAGGAACAUCAAUGUCCUGCCCUCAUGUAUCUGCUGCUGCUGCGCUCCUCAAAGCUGUCCAUCCUACUUGGAGCUCUGCUGCCAUUCGAUCUGCACUCAUGACCACAGCUGGUCUGAAGAACAACAAUGAAUCUCUCAUAACUGAUUCUAUGGGCAACCCAGCAAACGCCUUUCAAUACGGAGCAGGUCACUUCCGACCCACAAAAGCAGCUGACCCCGGUCUAGUGUAUGAUGCAUCUUACACUGACUACUUGACUUACCUCUGCAGCUUAAGGAUGCCAGGUUUCGACCCAUCAUUCAAAUGCCCACAAAACCUACCUAAGACUAAUGACUUAAACCAGCCUUCCCUUGCAAUCUCCAAGCUCAGUGGAAGAGUGACAGUCACUAGGACAGUUACAAAUGUUGGUAAAGGCAGAAGUUAUUACUUUGCUUCAGUGAAGCCACCAAUGGGAUACAACGUCAAUAUCUCACCAAGUAUAUUGAUAUUCAGACAUAAGGGGCAGAAGAAAAGCUUCAGUAUCACAGUUGAGAAAGAUGCAUAUUCCAAUAGCCAAGCGAGUGGACAGGAGUAUGAAUUCGGGUGGCUGACUUGGUUUGAUGGAAUUCAUACAGUGAGGAGUCCCAUAGCUGUGUCUUCUGUAUAAGGAAGAAUUUUGGACUUCAGGGGCUUAUACCUUCCUUGGUUUUUAAACUGAAAAGAAAGUUUAGAAGUUUCAAGGCACAAUGGAAUAGAAUUAGGGUACAAUAGAAUGUUUACUUAUAGUUUUUCUUUUUUAACAGCCUAAUUAAACCUGUGAGUUUUAUAGGUUCUCCAUCAAUAGUAACAUAUCAAGCCUUCUUUAAAUGCCCCUUACAAGAUUGUUCUGUAGCUGCGUUGACAGUGUCAUCUAUUUCUCACACACACAAGGUAGACAUGUUUUCUUAAAA